AUGUGAACUGUACUGUAUCGAUUUAGUGCGAACCUUUGGUUAACUUGUAAUUAAGUUAUAAAUUUUGUACAAUGUGUUUAUGAUUAUUAUCCAUAAAUAUUUUUAAAUAUCCAGCAUAGUUUUCAAAGUUAGUGAAUGGUUGAAUUAUGGCGAGCUCCAUUAUUCUUGCUGGUCUUGGGAUGGCUGCAGUCGGUUUUGCUGGUCGCUACGUCUUGAAGCAAGUGCCUAAUGCCUCUGUGAAAUUUGCAGAGGCUGUUAAGAACUUUCCAAAAUUUGAUGCAGAAUCUUUAGCUACAUCAAAAUAUUAUAAAGGUGGAUUUGAACAAAAGAUGACUAAAAGAGAAGCAGCUUUAAUUUUGGGUGUAAGUCCUACAGCUAAUAAAGCCAAGAUAAGAGAUGCUCAUCGAAAAAUUAUGUUACUUAAUCACCCAGACCGAGGAGGAUCUCCACUCAUUGCUGCCAAGAUUAAUGAAGCUAAAGAUGUUCUGGAGAGUGGCAAAACAUAACAUUGGAUAAUAGUCCAUUAUCAUCCAUAAAUGUUAGACUUCACAGAAAGUAAUUAUGUUUUAGUCACAGAUAUGCCUUGGGGUUGUUUCAUUUCAGGGUGUUAGUAUGAGCAGCAGGGGCAUGAAAGUGUUAAUUGCUGUCCACAUAGAGUAACCAACCAUCCUAUAAAUUAUAUUCAUGUACAGUUGAGCAAUAGAUGUACUAAUGUUUUCAGAAUCUAGAUAAGUAUAUGUAUCUGGUAAGAAUAAACAUGUGGUACAAAUGUUUUCUUGUCUGAUAAAUGCUACAGGGCUACUGUAGACAGCAAACAUGUACUUUACUUUGUUGGAGUACCUGAUGUAGUUAAUCAUUUAGUAUUGCUAUUAUUUGAUGUCCAUGCCAUUGCUAAUGUAUGGCUUUUAACCAGGUGUGUUAUUAGUAACCUUAUGAAAUACCCUCUGUAAAAUAAAUUCAAAUACAACAUUUAA